AUGUCUGUUGCUUUACAGAUUCGGUUCAUUUUGAUCCAAAAUCGAGCUGGCAAAACAAGACUAGCAAAAUGGUACAUGAAUUUCGAUGAUGAUGAAAAACAAAAGCUCAUCGAGGAAGUCCAUGCUCUAGUUACAGUCAGAGAUGCUAAGCAUACUAACUUUGUCGAGGUAUGUAAGGAAAAAAGUAUUGUCCAUACAGCAUGGAUAACACCUGUACUUAUUGGAUAGGUUACCGGUCCUCUCGCCCCCAAGUCAUUUUCCCCCCAGUUACUUUGCUGCCUAUAUUCUAGAACGAGUAAACUUAUAUUUAAAGUGUGCUUGUUCUGGUUUAUGGGUUAAAGAAUGAGGAAUAUUACAUUUGAAGAGCGCUUGUUUUGCUUUAUGGCUUAUAGAAUGAGGAAUAUCACUAGAAAACAGGGGGCUAAGCCUGUCUGCAGAGUAUGGCAGAACUCGACGAGAUCUAGCGCAUGCAAGGCCGUUUUUAGGCCCUUAUUUCGUAUAAAUUUUUUAAAAAACUUUCGCAUGCACCUGCCAUACUCUGCAGACGGGGGGGUAAGUAACUGGGGCGAAAUGACUGGUUACCAUAUGGUCCAAUGUUAAAAUCCUCAAUACAUGUGUAGUGUUAUACUUUAUACCCUAGCCUUUGACUGCAUAGUCUGCUACACAGCUGUUCUUAGUGUCGUCACGCAACGCUCCUCCCCACUAACGGCUGCUGAAAACCGAACUACAUUCCUUUCCCGUGAUUAGCCAAUUAUAAUUCAGCUUCCAUUUUCUGGAAAGUGUUCGCGCCACCUUUGCGGUACUGUGACUCCUCCAAUCACUGCUUUGCUUUUAUCGUUGCCCCAUGUGUGAAUGACAGAAUAAUCAAAAUCGUCGCGUGAAAACAAGCAAUUAGCUACAGUGUUGUCGUAGUCGAGUCCUAUUCAAAAUUUAGGAGAUAAGCAGCAACAGCAAGAAAGUCGAGCAAAUUGCGAUUCACAACAUGGAUGUGCUCAUAAAGUUGUCAGGUAUAGUUUCGGGAAAUCGCUCAUCGAUAAUUUAUAAGAUUGCUUUUUGACUCAGUACCCUUGAGAGUUUUGUCUUCACUGAACACAAUGAGCACAUCCGGUACAUUAAAUUCUUCACUACAUAUGCACGUUAAAUGAAGAACCAACCGAUCCUGGUAAAAGUUUUCUAGGCCUAUCAAACCUUCUUUUCACUUGGAACUUUCUUGACCGCUUAAAACAAACUUUUUUGCAAAUUAACCUUUUCGUUGCUUGAAAACACAGAGCCCGUCUAGAUUCAGCGACGAUUGAUUCAUUUGUCGAAAACUGAGAAACGUGCUCGCUGCCUAGUGCCCGGCGGCUCACGUAUUGUCAAAUUUCUUGUACAUGAUUGGUUUGUUCGUUAGACCACAAACAAAAAGGGAAAGGAAUGUAGUUCGGUUUUCAGCAGCCGUUAGUGGGGAGGAGCGUUGUGUGACGACACUAAAAACGGCUGUGUAGCAGACUAUUGACUGCAGAGAUGCCAACCACUAGAGAUCUGAAAUAUAGAUAUUCUCCAUCUACUGUUUGUCAGGGUUUUAUUAGAAGCCGGAACCUGGGUACUGGCACCAGUGUGCAUGUAUGUAGUACCUUCCUCCUGGUAAAAUGGACAAGCUGACUCUCAAACCUACUUUCUCUGCUACCACCCCACACCACUGCACUCAACCUUGGGCACCCUUCUACUUUAACAAAUAGUGAAACCCUGUACUACCCUCUCCCCCAUAUUGCCAACCCACCCCACCACUCUCCCCACAUAUUGUGGUAAACCCAAAGGACGAAAAUGAUGUUUUUCACACAAUAAUACUGCCAGAAAUCAUAAUUUUAACUUUAAAUACUUGGGUUAAAUUCCAAAGAGCUUAAAAAAGCCUCUUUUAGGUUAUAGUAGGAGAUUUGUCCUCUUUCCAGGAGAUUGCUGGAAAUUCUAGGAGAGUUGGCAUAAAAUAUGUAAAAUCAUUUCUAAGUAAAGGUACACGUGAGCCAAAGACCCAAACGGCCGGAGCUUGUUCCAGUUCCUUUGCAUGAAGCAUAGUAGCACUCUAGCCUCCAGAAAUUAUUCUUAACAACGGUCUAAAAAUUCUUGCAAAGAAUAUUUUCUUGAGCGAAAACAAAUCAAGUUGACAACAGCCGCCUACUUCAAACUUCGAAUGUUUGGCAGCAAAACAUGUCAUGUUUGCACCCAAUUAGAAUGUAUUUUUUCCUCACGUGUACAUGCUUAAAUCUAACCGACGGUAAAUGGGGCUUUUCUGAAUGGUAUAAUUUUUUUGUUUAGUUUCGGAACUUCAAGAUUGUAUACCGACGAUAUGCUGGCCUUUACUUCUGUUUCUGCGUGGAUGUACUUGACAACAACUUAUAUUAUUUAGAAGCUAUUCAUAACUUUGUUGAGGUAAGAAUUAGCUUUCCCCACCCCAUAAUCACUUACACCCUACUCAAUAAGCUCAAAAGCCUAAAAGUGUACUUGAAGGGUGUCUCCAUUUCUGCUGAGGCAUUUAGCCAAACAUUGAAAACUGGGCAUCCAGAAAUCAUGUUCUCCCACAAAACUACAACAGAUUGUGUGAAUAGAUGUAUAAAGUAUUAUUUUAGUCGCAUUUACAUCCAAAAGUGGGUAUCCACAGGACGCAUCGACACUCUUGUCUAAAACCUUGUUUCUGCUGGUAAUUGGGAUUUCACGCCAGUGUGUCUUGUGUUGUAAGUGAAGAUUAACGUUCAUGGUGUAGCUUGUUAAGACAGGGUUAUCGAAAUGAAUAACUUAGGCCCGGUUCAGACGCAGAUCUCAGGUUCAGUUCAUGAAAAGUUCAGCAUCUUAAUCAAAGCCGUUGCAAAGUCGCUCCAAAGGCGAAAUUCCCAGCCGGGGUAGGUGGAAAGAACGGGUGAGCCGUUCCAAAUUGAAACAGAUGUUCUUAUUGAUUCAGAUGCCAAACUUUUCAUGUACUUAAUUCAAUGUGUUAGGUUCGGCUCAUGAAAAGUUCGGCGUCUGAACCAGCCCUUAGCUAACAUUUAGCUUCAUUAUAGUGAGUAACCAAAAUAUAUCAUUCUUUAUCUUGUUGUUAUUUCAGGUUUUGAAUGAAUUUUUUCACAAUGUUUGUGAACUGGACUUAGUUUUUAACUUUUACAAGGUACUGCAAAGUAAUUAUUGAUUUCACUUAAGGAUCUAUAUCUUUAUUUAACUGAAGCCUUUUUUUCUCCUCAACUGUCAGUUUUACCUAAUACAGUGAGAGGAUAUUCAUUGUAAUUUGCUAACAGCCAUUAUUUUGACUGGCAUUUAAAUGUCUCCUUUCAGGUUUAUGCUGUUGUGGAUGAGAUGUUUUUAGCUGGUGAAAUAAGAGAAACAAGCCAAAGCAAAGUUUUAAAACAGCUACAGAUGCUUCAGCAGUUGGAGUAA